AUGGGUGCAGGUGGGCGAAUGUCAGCACAAGCCAACGCCGUCCUCGAUCGAGUCCCAACCACCAAACCGCCAUUUACGCUAGCCCAGAUUAAGAAAUCAGUGCCUCCCCACUGCUUUCAAAGAUCGGUCAUCACAUCAUUCUCCUACGUUGUAUACGAUCUCCUCAUAGUCUCCUUCCUCUACUAUGCUGCCACAUCCUACAUCCAUCUCCUCCCGGGCCCCCCUGCCCUGUCAGGCUUCGUCUGGCUUCUUUACGCCUGCGUCCAGGGCUGCGUCCUCCAAGGAGUUUGGAUCAUCGCUCACGAAUGCGGCCAUCAUGCCUUCAGCGAUUACCAAUGGCUCGACGAUACAGUCGGCUUCAUCCUCCACUCGGCCCUCCUCGUCCCCUACUUCUCGUGGAAACACAGCCACCGCAUGCACCAUUCCAACAUCAACUCUAUGGAAGGCGACGUGAUUUUCGUCCCGAAACGUAAGGAAACUGUGGGAUACCUCGCUAAAUACAUCGACAAUCCAAUUGGUCGGUCUACAAAGAUCGCCAUCCUGCUGACCAUGGGUUGGCCUUUGCAUAUAUUUCGCAACUUCUACACCUCGAUUUACUUGAAGCAGGAGCGGUUUCAGCUACUUAUAUCGAACAUGGGAGUUCUUUCAGUCGGAUUCGUUCUCUACCGCCUCGCCUUGGCCAGGGGAAUAAGUUGGGUGAUACGCGUUUACGGCGGGCCUCUCUUCGUGAUGAAUGUAUGUCUAGUGAUAUUAACGUGGUUACAACACACUCACCCGUCUUUGCCUCAUUACGAGUUGGACGAGUGGGAUUGGUUGAGGGGGGCUUUAUCAACUGUAGAUAGAGAUUAUGGAAUUCUCAACAAGGUGUUCCAUAAUGUAACAGAUACUCAUGUUGCUCACCAUUUGUUCCCAACAAUGCCACAUUAUCAUGCAAAGGAAGUUACUAAGGCAAUAAAGCCUAUGUUGGGAGAAUACUAUCGGUUUGAUGGGACUCCACUUAUGAGUGUGAUAUGGAGAGAAAUCAAGGAAUGUCUUUACGUGGAGGCUGAUAAAGACGAGGGCGCAAGCAAAGGCAUCUUGUGGUUCAGGAACAAGAUUUAG